CGGCGGCUUCCAGUGUCUCCGUGUCGGCUGGCCAGAGAGCACAGAAGGGAUUGAGUUUCUGAAACUUUGCACCAAAAACACACACCGGUAUGCUGCUGCGAGGUGGCGUUUGCGUGGCACUUUUCUCCCUUUUGAACGCACCUUUUGCGUUGGCCUUCAACCUGGACACCAACCAUGUGAUCAGGAAAGACGGAGAGCCCGGCAGUCUGUUCGGAUUCUCUCUCGCUAUGCACUGGCAGCUCAACCCGGACAAACGAAUGUUGUUGAUUGGUGCCCCCCGAGCCAGAGCUUUGGGGAAACAAAAUGCCAACAUCACUGGAGGACUUUAUAAAUGUGACAUGAACUUCUCUCCUGAUUGUGAGCGUGUUUUAUUUGACAGCGAAGAGGAUAUCCAAGUUGAGAACAAGGAGAACCAGUGGAUGGGGGUCACGGUACAGAGUCAAGGACCUGGGGGAAAGAUUGUGACGUGCGCUCACCGCUACCAAAGGCGCAUGUUUGUGAACACGCCCCAGGAGGCCCGUGACAUCACCGGCCGCUGCUACGUCCUGAGCCAAGACCUGACCAUCGACGAGUCGUCGGACGAGGACGGCGGCAACUGGAACUUCUGCGAGGGCAGGGCCAGAGGACACGAGAUGUUCGGGUCGUGUCAGCAGGGUCUCGCCGCCACUUUCACCAAGGACUACCAUUACCUGGUGUUCGGAGCGCCUGGAGCGUACAACUGGAAAGGCAUCGUACGGGUGGAGCAAAAAAACAACACCCUGUUGGAGAUGGGCGUGUAUGACGACGGGCCUUAUGAAGUGGGCGAUGAGCUGGUCUUGAACCCAGAGCUCGUACCUGUACCUGCCAACAGCUACCUCGGAUUCUCUCUGGACUCUGGACACAGCAUCACCAGGAGGCGUGGCUUAACGGUGGUGGCUGGCGCGCCCAGAGCCAAUCACAGCGGAGCCGUGCUGCUGCUGAGGAAAGAGAAACAAGGCUCGAACCGACUUGCAGUGGACCACACCCUGCACGGGCCCGGGCUGGCGUCCUCUUUUGGAUACGAUGUGGCCGUAACAGACCUAAAUGGGGAUGGAUGGCAGGACAUAGUCGUGGGAGCGCCCCAGUUCUACAUGAAGGACAAAGACAUCGGAGGGGCCGUUUACGUUUACAUCAACCAGGCGGGACGAUGGCGAGGCGUCGCUCCCGUCCGUCUCAAUGGGACGAGAGACUCCAUGUUUGGCCUGGCGGUGGAGAACAUUGGAGACGUCAAUCAAGACUCUUAUCAAGAUAUCGCCAUCGGAGCACCUUAUGAUGACGGCGGUGCCGGAAAGGUCUACAUUUAUCAUGGUUCUGCACAGGGAAUAAACACACGCCCGGCUCAGAUUAUUUCCGGCAAAGAUUACAACAUCCGACUGUUUGGCUAUUCUCUGGCAGGGAACAUGGACCUGGACAGCAAUUCUUAUCCAGACCUCGCCGUGGGCUCUCUGUCAGACUCGGCACUCAUUUACAGGGCAAGACCAGUCAUUAGUAUCCACCGAGAUGUCAAAAUCUCCCCACGGGAAAUUGACCUGACAAUAAAGAACUGUGGAAACAACAUCUGCUUCACUGUGGAUUCUUGCUUCAGCUACAAGGCAAACCCCGCAUCUUACAAUCCAAGAAUAACUCUCGGCUAUUCUGUGGAGGCGGACGGAAUGCGCCGGAAACAAGGGUUGGUCUCGAGAGUCGUGUUUUUGAACAAAUCUGACUCGGAAACAGAACACCAGUUUAACGGCACCUUGGACCUCCGAGGACAAAAGCAGGAAACGUGCAUUAAGAUAAAAGCCAAGUUGAAGGACAACAUUAAGGAUAAGAUGCGAAGCAUUCCCAUGGAGGUUUCCGCACAUAUAGUUGGUACCAAGCGACAUAAGGCAAAGAGCGGCCUCCCGCCGCUGAUGCCAAUUUUGGACUCUUCUCAGUCGAACAAAGAAACCGUUGAGGUGAAUUUUGUCAAGGAAGGAUGCGGAAGUGAUCAUGUUUGUCGCAGUAACCUGAUGAUGGACUACAAAUUGCUGUACAAGCAAAGCAAUCAAGACAUUUACUCGCCUUUGCCCACAAGGGACAACGUGUCUGUGUUUCAUCUGACUUACGAGAGGAAGGACUUGGCUUUGCGGCUGACCGUCAGCAACGUGAACGGCGAUGAUGCCUAUGAAGCCAAGCUGAUGGGCUCGUUCCCCGACACGCUGUCGUAUUCGGGCGUCCGCUCACAUCGCAGCACGAUGGACAAGCAGAUCAUAUGCGUCGCGAAUCAAAACGGCUCUCAGGCCGACUGCGAGGUCGGCAACCCAUUUAAGCGGGGAUCCCAGGUGACAUUUUACAUCAUCCUGAGCACCACGGCGAUGACACUGGAGACCGCGGAGAUUGAUAUCGACCUGCAGCUCCAAACAACCAGCGUACAAAAUUUGGCCCGGGUGAGAGUCAAAGCCAAAGUGAUGAUUGAAUUGCCAUUGUCGGUGACUGGGGAAGCCAACCCUAAUCGGGUUUCGUUUGGCGGAGUUGUGAGAGGAGAGAGCGCCAUGAAGACUGAAGAGGAGAUCGGCAGUUUGGUCAAUUACACAUUCAGAAUCAACAACUUGUGGGACGCCCCCGUCAAAUCGUCGCUGCACAUUCAGUGGCCCAAAUCCAACAACAAUGGCAAAUGGCUUUUGUACCUGGUGAAAGUGAACGCUAAAGAAGGCCUGCAUGACGUCAUUUGCACACCAGAGUUUGAAAUCAACCCUUUAAAACACAUCCAGGAGAGUUCCGCACUCAGGACAAAGCGUGAAAUUUCAGCGAAAAAAACAAGAGGCAAGAAUUGCUCACUCUCAGACAAAAAUAGAAUUUUGGCAUGUGGGAAAGAUUUGCAGUGUGUGCUGCUUAAGUGCCCCCUGCAUGGACUCGACGGGUCGACAGUGGAACUCAGAGCUCGUCUGUGGAACUCAACCUUUCUGGAGGAUUACACUUCCCUUUCGUCCUUGGACAUCAUUGUGAGGGCUUCACUGGUGCUCCACACUCAGUCCACAAACAUGAUCCUGAAAACUCCUGACACUGACGUGAUGCUUACAGUGUUCCCUGAGAGUGCAGUGGCCCAGUAUGGUGGCGUCCCCUGGUGGAUCAUCGUGGUCGCUGUUCUGGCAGGGAUCUUGAUUUUGGCAUUGUUGGUCUGUCUGCUGUGGAAGUGUGGCUUUUUCAAACGCUCCAAGCAGGAGGACGCCAUUCCUCAGUAUCAUGCCGUGCGGAUCCGGAAGGAUUCUUCUCACUACGAAGACGGCAAAGUCAAGUUGGAUGCCUUUGAGAAGAAGCCGUGGAUGACAAUGUGGGUUGACAAUGAAAGUUACUCCUGAGUCAGGGACAACAAAUUGGUCCUGAAGUGGACUUGAAUGCACAAUCAAAUGACGAUCCAAUACAAGAGCUGUAGUCUACGUUAACAAAGACAAUAAAUAAUGCGCAAUUAUCUUUGUUGAGGCAGAAAUUUUAAUACGGCUCGUUGUAUUGGAUGUCCAAGCCUUUGCGAUGUCAAAUAUUUUUCUUCAUGCGUUCACCAGGAAUCGGUAGUCUUUCUACACCGCACAAAUGAGUUUUCGACAUGGAUUUGUAACUUUUGUAUAUAUGUUUUAUGCACAUUGUAUAUUUAUUUUUUGAUAAAUCAUGUUUGAUGGAGCCAAAGAUGUUCAGUCUUUUGUGUGAAAUGGACUGACGUACAUUUGAAAAUGAACUACUGAUCCGAUGUAGUGGUACUGUCUCAAAACCUUGCAGAAUUUAAAAAAAAAAAAAAAAACUAUGCACAGAUGGGACACUUGACUUUUUGUAUGUAUUGUAUUAAAGUACUUUUGUAAAAAAAAUUUUUUAAACAUCAAACAUCACAGGCGACUCACCUCUGAAUAAAUGUUUGCUUGUUUUAUAUUUUUAGGGUAGCAUCGUCACUGAAAGUCAUUCUUCAUGUGAAACUAAAAGGAUGUAGCAAAAUGUCCCGAAUUAGAUUAUUUCAUAAUGUAAAUGUUAAAUUGUCAACUGGAAUAAAAAAUAUUUUUCAAAAUUGGACUUUGCCGCUAUUUUAUUUUUUGCAUUGACGAUGCUUUACCUACAUCUGCUCAACACAUUUACACAUGCGUUAAUAAAACUCAUGCUAAAACUAUGCCGGUAAAUUCACAAGUCGGCCUGAAUACAGUUCACAGCCUGACGAUGUAGUGAUUCACUCACCUGAUGACUGUCCAAUGUCAGUCAGUGUUAAUGGUUGCAGUUCUCCAUCUGCCCAGUAAUUUGAUUUGUGAAUGUGUUUGUAACUUAAAUAUCCUGUAAGUGACCAUUAUUUUUUUAUCAAUUUAUUUUAUUCAUCCAAAAAUAUCUUAUUAAAACAUUGAUUUGAUAUUUGGAACAUUGACAUGAAGAGAGAUAAGGUCUUAGAAAAAAACAAACUUGAAAAUCAAGCGUCCUGGAUGAUACCUGACAA